CCCAUUUGCAUUCUUACAGAGCUUUCCCAAAAGAACCACCCAGAGACAUCUCAUUGGCCACUGAGUAUCACAUGACCACUCCAGCUGCAAGGGAGCCUGAGAAAUGUCAUUUACUUAAGUGAAAUGUUAAUGACCCAAUGAAAUCACAGUUCUGUACGGUGUGGAUAUGGACUAUUCUUCAGGCCCUUUCAAACCUGGCACUAACCCCUUCAAUGAACAACAGCUGAGCUGUAUUGGUAACAUCUGCCAUCUCAUCAAGAGCCAAGGCCCCCCAAAAAAGAUCACCAGGAAAGAGGAAGCGGCCAUGUUCAUCCAGGCGUGGUGGCGGGGCACCCUGGUACGCCGUACACUGCUGCACGCAGCACUCAGAGCAUGUAUCAUUCAGCGCUGGUGGAAGCAGAUGCUGGUGAAGCUGCUGGAGAGGAAGAGGCACCUGGCCCUAGAUUUCUACGUGCGGCAAGAAUGGGCAGUGGUCAAGCUGCAAUCCUGGGUCCGCAUGUGGCGCGUACGCCUUCGUUACUGCCGUUUGCUCCACGCUGCCCGCAUCAUCCAAAUCUAUUGGCGUUGGCAUAAUUGCCGUACCCGUGGCUUUAUUCAGGGCCACUACCUUUUCAAAGAAAGUCAUCUGAAUCUUCAACUUGAAAUCUCUUUAGGCGCACAGGCUUGUAGAGUGCAACAGUGCAUACCCCUUCCAAUAAAGGAAUGA